AUGGCAUAUCAUGAAAUCGAUGACUUGAAUAAAGAAUUCAUAGAUUCCGAACAUACACUAAAUGUUCGAAAAAAAGGUGAUGAUAUGAAACUUGAAUCUGAAGAAGAUAUUCGAAAAGCCUCAUUCGAAUCUUACGAAUCACAUUUUGCUGAUAAUUUUUCUGAUGAUGAAUUUAUAUUGAAUUUAUCUAAUUGCUUUUAUAAAUUAUUUAACACACAUUAUGAGCCGGCAUAUGUGGUUAAUUUAUUGAGACAAUAUUUUAAAGACAAUAAUACAGAUCCUAAAGAUACAUUCAAUCAAUUAAUUAAACAUCGAAAUCAAUUAUAUUUUACUAGUAUGAUUGGUUACUUUUAUCAAUUUGGAAUUGGUACGGAAGAAAAAUUUCUUUAG